AUGGCCGGGCCGGGGCGGGCGCAGGAGUCCCUGCAGGAGCGGUACCGGCUGGGCUCGCUGCUGGGCCGGGGCGGAUUCGGCAGCGUCUUCGCAGCAACGCGUCUCUCGGACGGCACCCCGGUAGCCAUCAAAAGGGUGCCACAGAACCGCGUCCAUCACUGGGGUGAGCUGCCCGACGGCACCAGCGCGCCCCUGGAGAUCGUGCUGCUGGACAAGGUGUCCAGUGGCUUCUCCGGCGUGGUCCAGCUGCUGGAGUGGGUUGAGCUCCCCAACGACAUCUUGAUGGUGCUGGAGCGCCCGGAGCACUGUCAGGACCUGCACCAUUUCAUUCGGGCACGGGGCUUCCUGUCCGAGGGGGUGGCGCGGCAGCUGUUCCACCAGGUGCUGGAGGCCGUGUGGCACUGCACCAGCUGCGGGGUCCUCCACAGGGAUAUCAAGCCAGAAAACAUCCUGGUUGACCUGGCCACCGGGCAGGCCAAAUUGAUUGAUUUCGGCUGUGGCACCUACCUACAAGAGGCAGCCUACACUCACUUUGCAGGAACACCAUCAUACAGCCCCCCGGAAUGGACCCAUUUUGGCUGGUACUAUGGCAAGCCAGCUACCAUCUGGUCCCUGGGUAUCGUGCUGCACCAGAUGGUCUGCGGGGAGCACCCUUUCAGGAGGGACCAGAACAUCAGCUGGGACCAUCAGCUCUCGCUGCCACAACGGCUCUCUCCAGAGUGCCAAGAUCUGAUCAGGCAGUGUUUAUCCAUGCUGCACGUGGAAAGGCCCUCAUUAGAAGAGGUGUUCUGUCAUCCUUGGAUGCAGGAUAUCCAUCUGCCCUAGAAGAAGGGAGAGAGCCACAGGCACACUGUGCUGCAGAGCCCCGGUAAGUUACAGCUCCACACCUGCCUGGGCCAACAGAAGCAAAGGAACCCCAGACUUUUUUGUCCUGCCUGUGUCACUGGCCAGGGCUCAUCAGAUGGGAGCACACAGCCCUUGUGCUGGAGGUGAGCUGCUCUGCCCAGCACUGGUGACCACCAUCCAAGCUGGUUUUGCUUGUCCUGGUUCC